UUUUCAUUUGUUUCCAUUACCAUGUUUCCAUCAAUCUCAAAAUCCAACGGUGGAGGGAGAGAGAACCACACCAUUGUCACUGAAUUGGACGGUACACUUCUCAUCUCACGAACCCCAUUUCCAUACUUCAUGCUUGUGGCCUUCGAAGCAGGUGGGCCCAUCAGGGCUCUCAUGUUGCUCCUGAUUUCUCCAAUCAUCUGGGUCCUGGAGAUCUUAGGCCAUGGUCCCACAGCUCUCCAAAUCAUGAUAUUCGUAGCCAUGGCCGGUCUUAGGGUGGCAGACAUCAAGGCCGUCGCAAAGGCAGUCCUUCCAAGAUUCUAUUUGGAUGACAUUCAUGGCAAUGUGUACAAGAUGUUCUCUUGUUUUGGAGGGAAGAAGUAUGUGGUCAGCUCCAUGCCUAAGAUCAUGAUCGAACCGUUCGUAAGGGAGUAUUUAGAUGUGGACCAUGUUAUCGGCACUGAUCUGAGGAGCCGAUCGGGAUAUUGCAUUGGCCUACCGGCUGCGCCUGGGAUCAUCCGUGGGGCCCACCGAUUGGACGCUCUUAGAUUGGCGAUGGGAAGCGAUGGGGAGAUCAAUGUUGGAUUGGGGAGCGGAGUCGGAGAUCAUUCGUUCAUGUGGUUGUGCCAGGAGGGUUACGUGAUUCCAAGCGGGGAGAAGCCGUCGCGCUUGGACAGAAACGACUAUCCGAAGCCGUUGAUCUUCCACGAUGGCCGGUUCGUGUUGCGACCUACACCGUUGGAUUCGAUGGCCAUCUUCCUCUGGCUACCUCUAGGCAUCCUUCUAGCCAUUUCCCGCCUUCUGGUCGGAAAUCUCCUACCGUACAAAUUAGGAUUGCUGGGGGCCGCAGCCACAGGCCUGAGAAUCAGAGCUAAGUUCUCCUCACGUGACUCCCACCUGCAUUGCACGUGCCAUUCAUGUGACACCAGCACCCCAUGCACGUGCGGAGUCUGUGGGACCACACAGAGAGAGAUGGGAACAUUAUACGUGUGUUCACACCGGACGUUGAUCGAUCCGGUGAUAGUCGCGUCGACGCUGCAGCGACGGGUGACGGCCGUCACGUAUAGCGUUAGCAGGCUGUCGGAAAUCCUAUCGCCAAUCAGGACCGUUAGAUUGAGACGGGACCGGGCCAAGGAUGGGGAGAUGAUGCGGGCCUUACUGAUGGACGGUGAUCUGGUGGUGUGCCCGGAAGGGACCACUUGCCGUGAGCCGUAUCUUCUCCGGUUCAGCCCACUGUUUGCUGAGAUUGCAGACGCAGUCGUGCCGGUAGCGGUUUCGGCCGAUACGAGCAUGUUCUAUGGUACUACUGUCAGGGGCUACAAAUGGCUGGAUUCUUUCUUCUUUCUGAUGAAUCCUAGACCGAAUUAUCGGUUGGAUUUCCUCCAAAGGGUUCCGGUGGGCCCUGCCGGCAUGUCGCUGGGGAGAUCGAGCUACGACGUUGCGAACCACGUGCAGGAAGCUAUCGCACGUGUGCUUGGGUACCAAUGCACUAGCUUCACACGUAGGGAUAAGUAUCGGAUGCUGGCUGGAAAUGAUGAUGUGGGCCCCACUAGUUGAACUGGAUGAUGUGUGUGUUUUUAGCUGUGUAUUGUUAUUAUUCUCUAAUAACACAAGAUUGAAAUAAGAAAGGUGUUUGUUGAA